AUGGAAAAAGUUGAGGAUAAUUUAACUAAAAGUGAGCAAAAAAUAGCAGAAAUUAUUGCUAAAAAUGCGCGUAAACUAAUUGAUAAAAUUGAAAGUCUUGAGGCAAAAGUAGAAGUCUUAGAAAAUGGAUCGAGAGGAUCCGGAUUUUCCUGGAAUGGUCACGGAAGUAAUGAAUCUGUUGACCUAAAUCUCAAGACCAAACCUCCGGAAAAAGAGCCUGAAGAUGUUAAGAAACCCAUUACUGGAGAAAAUGUUGAGAUUAUGAUCGGAGACCCAUUCUUAAAUGGUCUAAUGACCCCUGUCGGAGUCUAUGACGGAAACCCGACUAGCUCAUUCUCGAAAUUUUUCCAGCGAUUCAUGGAUGCUCUAAAUUUAAUAAUUACUCCCCUAAAUGAAGCACAAAAGCUUAGUCGUCUAAAAGUAUGCCUGGGAGGUCGUGCUCGUGCUGAACUUGAUGCUAAAGUCCCGCAACCAGCUACUCUGCAAGAAGCUAUAGAUUUUUUGCAAGAAAAAUUUGUAAAUGGUCAUUCUCGUACGGUAGCUAGGCAAGCCCUAUCUAUAAUUAAACAAGCACCUGGAGAAAGAGUUUUUGAAUUUGCGCAGCGAUUAAACGACGCAGUACGUGCUGUAAUGAUUGGAUAUGAAGAAAAUACAAUACAACAGCGAUUGCUAGAUGAAUUUUUGGAUAGGCUUUUGCCAGAUCUCCAAUUCGAAGUAAAAGCUGCUAGACCUGAAGACUAUACUAAGGCAUUUGAAGUUGCCGAACAUUUUGAACUAUUAUUAGGAGAAAAACGCCAAAAAUACCAAAAUAAUCAUUAUGUGGAUUUGGCAGAAAAAAUGGAAGCCCUAGCAAUUAAUCGCUCGCCAAUAUAA